GCCUUAUAAAUAAACAGAGCCCUUUUUUCUGCCAGGCUGAAACCUCUACUUAGGGAAGCCAUCCCAAAGCAGGAGCCAAAACACAAGUGGAUUGUGUUGAAAGAUAGCAAGGAGCUCUUCUUUAAAUCACCAAAAGGAUCCCAGGAAAACUUGCCCUUCUUCUUUAGUGGAGUAGACAAUAUUGUUGUGGAAACAUGUGUUGCGGAGGAUGUGCAAAAUGCCUUGGAUUUACACUCAUUCCUCUGACUGUGCUCUGUACUAUUGCCAAUAUUUUGCUGUUUUUCCCGGGAGGAACAGUUCAAGAAACCGAUGGUAUUUCUGAUGAAGUUUUGUAUUCUGGAGGAAUCCUGGGUUCUGGUGUUCUGAUGGUGUUUCCAAUUUUGGUCUUUGCGGGUCUUAAGAAUAAUGAUUGCUGUGGAUGCUGUGGUAAUGAAGGCUGUGGAAAGAGAUUUGCAAUGUUUACAUCUGUAAUAUUUGCAGCAUUGGGCGUUGUGGGUGCUGGAUACUGUUUUAUUAUAUCUGCUGUUGCUCUGAACCGAGGACCAAAAUGUCUCAUUACCAACCCAACCAAUAGCUCCAAGACGUGGAGUUAUCCAUUUGUAGAAGGGAACUACCUCAGUAACCAUGACUUGUGGAAAUCUUGUGAGGCUCCCGAAUCCCUUGUGCCCUGGAAUUUGACCCUUUUUUCUCUGUUGCUGAUCAUGAGUGGAGCUCAGAUGGUACUCUGUGCAAUUCAAGCUGUCAAUGGACUCCUGGGAACAAUUUGUGGCGACUGCACAUGUUGUGGAUGCUGUGGGGGAAAUGGCGCAGUGUAAAGCAUAUCUGGAAUCAGCAGUGAUCAUGCCCUGAAAAUAUUUCAAAUACUUUUCUAGGCAUUUCUCUUGCAAUGAUGGGCUGCA